CGAGGGCGCCCUCUCCCCAUCAUCCAGAUCCCAGCCUCCGUCCUCGAGCAUCAUGUCGAUCGUGCGCAUCUACUGCAAGACCCAGUCCUACGAUUGGGGAAAGCUAGGAAGCUCCUCCAAGGUUGCCACCUUGGCUGUCAAUGCAGCUGACGGUUUCCAGGCCAACGGCAGCACCCCGUAUGCUGAGCUAUGGAUGGGCACACAUCCCAAUGCCCCGUCCACGACGGCCGAUGCCAAGACCCCUCUCAAGGACGCCCUCAAUGCCGAGAACCUGUCGACAGCCGUUCACUCGGCCUAUGGCGGAGAUCUUCCGUUCUUGUUCAAGGUCCUGUCGAUCAACAAGGCCCUGUCGAUCCAGGCCCACCCGGACAAGCAGCUUGCUCAGGAGCUGUUCCAGAACUUUCCCAAGAUCUACAAGGAUUCCAACCACAAGCCUGAGAUGGCCAUCGCCCUGACUCCGUUCGAAGCUUUCAUCAACUUCAAGCCUCUCGCCGAGAUUGCCCAGAACCUGACCCGCUUUCCUGAGUUCCGCGCUGUCGUCGGCGAAGACGCUGCGGCCUUCUUUGAGCACCAGUUUCAGCAGACCGGAGACAAGACCGUGCCCGCUGCGGUGUCUGCAAACAAGCAGGGUCUGAAGAGCCUCUUCAAAAGCCUCAUGGAGGCUGAUAGCGCUCGUGUCGAGCAGCAACUUCGGAAUCUUGUUGCUCGUCUGGGCAGCAUCUCGCAGUACCGCGUGGGCUCGACUGAGGAGCUGGUGUUGCGCUUGGAUAGCCAGUUUCCGUCCGACAUUGGCUGCUUCUGCGCCCUGGUGCUGAACUAUGUCUGUCUGCAACCUGGUGAAGCCAUAUUCCUUGCGGCCAAUGAGCCACACGCCUAUCUAUCGGGAGACUGCGUCGAAUGCAUGGCUUCUAGCGAUAACGUUGUCCGCUCUGGCUUGACGCCCAAGUUUAAAGAUGUCCCGACGCUGGUUCGCAUGCUUACAUACAACUACGGCCCCGCCGAUGCCCAGAUUUUGCGCGGCGACCCCUACAAGGCCACUCAGUAUACUCGCCUGUAUGACCCCCCAAUCGCCGAAUUUUCGAUUCUCAAGACUCAGCUGCAGCAGGGCCAGACGGAGACGUUUGAGGGAAUCGCCGGGCCGUCCAUCCUGAUUGUGACAUCUGGGGGACUUUUGCUGACUCAGGAGGGCCACGAAGUUGCUGCUGAGGAAGGCUCGGUGUUCUUCAUUCCCGCCGGGGCCCCAGUAGCGUUCCUGGGCCAGUCUGAUUCCGCGACCGCCUAUCGAGCCUUUUGUGUUGUUUGAAGAGGAGGACGUCCCAGGUAGCCGAGUGCAACAUUGCCAAGACGAAUAUACAUAUAUCAUGUUGCGACUCGAGG